AUGGUAACGAAGGCAAGAGGGAACCCUAAAGUUGUACUUGCUUGGUAUGGUACAUCGUCCAAGAAUGUGGACGCCAUAAUGCAUCGUGGAUUUGAAUUAACUAGACUUGAACAAGGUCAUCGUGGUAUUGGCAUAUACUUGUCGCCUUUAGAGUCGCCUCAAAUAAGUGAAAUGAUGUCCGAUGUAGAUGAAAAUGGUGAAAAACAUAUGAUUCUAUGUCGAGUCAUAUUGGGAAAUCCUGAAAAGGUUGAACUCGGAUCUCAGCAGUUGUUUUCAUCGAAUUUGGAUAAUUUUGAUACCGGGAUUGAUGAUUUGAACAAUCCAAAGUUGUAUGUGGUGUGGUAUCACAAUAUGAAAACUCACAUUCUACCCGAAUGUAUAGUCAGUUAUAAACUUGAUCAUCAUAUGCCAGGCCAGCAAAAUUGUGGUGCUCAUACUGAGGACCGAUGGUGUAGAUUACUGUUCAAGCUACCUAAUUUCCUUCCUCUAACAAAAAAGUUGGAGUUGAAAAGUUUGCAUAACUCCUAUGAGGUGGGCAAAGUAGUAGCGCACAGAAAUUUCAUAAGCGAUAUAGAAGCUAUUGUUCAAGAUGAUCAAUUGAUGCGUUCGAUUAUCACGGAAUUCCUUCCUGAGAUGAGGUUCUGUCAAACUUGUUGGGAUAAAAAGGGAAUUAUGGUUUCUCAUUGA